AGUGCGAAAAGGACGACCAGACGAAGACCAGACAGGCCGUCAUCACCUGCUUCUUCAUAGCGUGCUCUCUUCAGCCUUCUCCUGGACGACCAGCUGAACGCGCCGGCCGCCGAUACACACCCGUCGCUAGGAAUCCCUCUUGCAGUCAUUUUGAUCCCUCUCUGGCGUGGCAGGUCCCCGUAUUGACCGAGAUAUCGCGAUUCUAGCGACCGUUCCAGUCCCGGCUUUCGAACGCCGGAAUAAUGGCGAUUUCUCGGCGUCAGAAUGCCGUGACAAGGCCCAAACUCUGGAUAAAUAGCAGGAUAGUCAACUGCAGACGACGAUUUCGUGGUUGCAGUGCCCAGUUCCUCCUAGCUGCGAUGUUAUUCGCUGUCGUAAUGACCAUCUUUCCGACCUGCACUUACGCCCAAGAACCUAUCAUUUAUCAGCCGCAACAGGCCUCAGAGGCGUCGUACUUCGCUGGUUCGCACAUACUGUCAUUGUGGACCCAACCGUGCGACGUGGAGAGCGCCAUUGCGCAGUUUGGCGGCGUACAGGAAUGUUCAGAAUACAUCAAUUCCCGAGUUGACAGCGAGCUCUUUGACGACGGCUUAAUUAGCUCUUGCAAACGGGAAGCAGAUGGUUACGACGUGAAGGAGCUUCUGCAGCCUUCAGACGCUAUUGUGGCUCCGUCCGAGGAGCAGACGACAGGGUUAUGUAGAGCAGAAGCGUGUACUGCAUGGCUCAGUCAAGCGGUCGAGUCGACGUGGCUCCCUGAAUGUAGAUAUCGACAGUCCCAGAUGAGUUUUCGCUCGUUGGCGGAGACACUGCUGCGGAUUCGAGAGGAUUUGGUCGCAACAGGAGCGACUGGGACAGUUGUAGCCCCAAAUGCGAGCUUGUUUCGCGAAAUGUACGAGCUGAACCAGCUUUUCAACUUGCAGAAUGGCAAGCAGACUGUCCUAAACGAGGUGGAUUCGCCUGCUGUGGCUGCAAGAGUGCUGGAGGAUUUCAGUUUGAUGGGCUCGGGUGACAACCCGCAGCUCAGCGCCGCAGUAGUGCCGCCUGGAAGCUCCAGCGGUAUCACAGGUAGCGCCAGGUCAAGCAACUCUGGCAGCUCUUCCAGCAACCCAAGCGGUUCGAGCAGUUCGAGCAACUCAAGCAGCGUCGGGGACGACUUUUUGUCUGGCAGCGACUUCAACUCGAGCGACGCCGCUGGCUUCACCAGCAGUGGCGUCGGCCCGCACGCGUCUUCGACCGCCACGACCACCGAACUGACUCCUUCAUAUGCCUACGUUGUGGGUGCGUGGGUACUAUUUAACGGCAGCUACUUUUUCCUCAUGCGGAGAAAGUGAUCUAGUGUUUAGCUCUAUUCCUCAUCGUACAUAGUCUCAGCUCGUAGCUUUUUGUCCUAAUGCUAUUAUAUCUGGUUGUCUUGCAAUGAAAGACUCGUGAUGCGUAAAGAUGUGUCAAGUCCACCUUGAAAGACAGUAUUACCUUGAACGCAUUGGCUCUCAUCC